AUGAUGGCGAUGCCGAUAAACUCAGCCUUGAAAUUAAAACUGGAUGAAUUGUUUCUGAGAUGGCUAACGGAUAGAGCUACUCAGAAGGUACUACGAGAGAAUCUAAUGCAAGCAAAGGCAGGACAAUCUCUCGAAGCAAUGCUUGCACUGCCUACCGGAAUAGUAGUUGGGCCAAUGUCUGCAUCGUUCUACGGAUGUCUCUACAGUCCUAGCUACAGUGAGUCCUCCUGCUUAAACCCAGAUGGCUCUUACAACAAUGUUCCUUCGGCCUUCACCUGGGGCGGGACAAUUACGUCUCCACGUCCAAACACCCCACCAUACUUUCCACAACCUCCUUUCUCGAAGUUGUACAGUCCUCGCUCUCCUCGACGUCAUGCCUCUACACCGAGUGGUCUAUCAAUCCAGAUUGUGAAAAGCUCUGUUGAACAACCACAUACCGCAAAUGAUGUAACGCAUGAAAACAAAUCCAAACAAGAGAAUGGAGUAAUAACUAUUUGUCCAAAAGUUACACCAAACUCUGAAAAUCAACUAAGUGUAGAUAAUGAAACAAAACAUUCAUCCCAGACUAAUAAUACCACUGCUACUAAUAAACUUUUAAAUCAUGAUGCAGACACUGAUGAUAUAAGCAAAAUUAGAACAAAUAAAGCAACUCCUCUACGAACAAAUGAUGGAAUUGGAUCAAAACAACACACUCCUACUGUUGCUUCAACACCAUCAGCAUAUAAUUGUCCUGCUGAAAGUAAUAAGCCAGAUGUUGAUGUAGUCGCACAUCAACAAUCUCAUGAUAAUUAUCAUGACGUUAAUAAACACUAUCGUAUUCAUUCCUCACAAUCGAAAAGUCUUUUUAAUUCUGACGGUGUUCAUGAAGAUGUCACAUCUUUAAUAAGUAAGGCAAAUGUACCUAAUCAUACAGAUUAUACUUAUCCAUCGUCUAUGGAUUCUACUUCAUGUGUGCAAAACAAAGGAUUUGCUAUUCUUUCUUCUCCAACUCGAAUACAUAAAGCAUUGCCAGCAUUUCAUUUCCCACUUGGGACUACUCGAAUGUCUAGUGAGGAAAUUAGCACAGAAUUAGAACGUGUUAAACAAGAACUUAACCAAUUUAUUGAUUCAUCAGUAAAUUCCGGGAAAUAUUCUGAUCCGUUAAUUUCUCAUUCAUGUUUUGGACAAGUUGCAAAGGUACUUAAUUGUCCACUUUAUUGGAAACAUGCAAUUUAUAUGAAUGCUGGUGGUACACCAGAUCGACAACCAGUCACCUUGUCAAACUUAUUGAAAUCAUGGUCUCAUACACUGAAUACUUGUCCAGAUGAAGCUUCAAAAUUUGUUCAUUUACUUACACGUGGACGAGCUACCUUUUUAGUACAAUCUGAUUUUAAUACACUCAUACAAGACAUUUUAGAGAGUCAUCCUGGCUUAGCGUUUUUAGAAGCAGCAAAAGAUUUUCAUUCCCGUUAUGUGGCAACCGUUGUAGCACGUAUCUUCUUCAAUGUGAAUAUUUCAUGGUCUGGUCGUAUUUCUUUAGGUGAAUUAAGACGAAGUAAUUUUCUUCCUGUGUUAGCCAGUCUUGAAAAUGAAGAUGAUAUUAAUUUGGUGACACAAUAUUUUUCUUAUGAACAUUUCUAUGUUAUUUAUUGUAAAUUCUGGGAGCUAGAUGAAGAUCAUGAUUUGAUCAUCAGUCGAAGUGAUUUAGCACGACACAAUAAUUAUGCUAUCUCAGAACGUAUGAUAGACCGAAUAUUUAGUGGAGCUGUAACAAGAGGAACAGCUUUUAAAGAAGGUGUUAUGACUUAUCCAGAUUUUGUUUGGUUUCUAUUGGCUGAAGAAGAUAAACAUCAUCCUCGGAGUAUUGAAUAUUGGUUUCGGUGUAUGGAUCUAGACGGUGAUGGCCUGUUGUCAAUGUAUGAAUUAGAAUAUUUCUACUCGGAACAAUUAGCACGAAUGGAAGAAAUGGGGAUUGAACCUAUAUCAUUUGAAGAUUGUUUAUGUCAAUGUUUGGAUAUGGUGAAACCAGCACUUACAGAUAAAAUUCGACUAUCAGAUAUGAAACAAUGUCGUCUAUGUCAUAUAUUUUUUGAUACAUUCUUUAAUUUACCAAAAUAUUUACAACAUGAACAACGUGAUCCAUUUGCUAAUUUACGUGAUAUUGAAGAAGGACUCAAUGAACUAUCUGACUGGGAUCGUUAUGCAGCUGAAACCUAUGAAAUGUUAGUCAAUGUUGAAGGUGGUGGUAAUCCAGAUGAUGGAGUUGAUGAUGAUGAAGACGAUGACGAGGAGGAGGAUGAAGAAGAGGAACAAGGUGGAGCUGUAGGUGAUGAAGGAACUGGGAGUAAUCAACAACAGAUAAACAACGAUAGUAACAAUGCAACUUCUCCCACUUCAACUGUUAUUUCAUUAGUAAAUAAAAAUGAUAAAAUCAAUCGAAAAGAUAAUGUUGGAUCAUGUGGAUUGGCUAAUAAACUUGAGUCUAUCGUGAGUGAGCCGUCUACACUUAUGAGUUAA